AUGUCCCUUAAUUCGCUCAGAUUUCUGCUUACAAGUUCUAAAACGAAGUUUCACCAUCUUACUUCUCUUGGGAGAGGGCUUGCACUAGCUAUAAUCUUGACCAUUCUACCUCUUUGCAAGACCCAUAGAGAUCUAAGCUCUCAUUUAGUAGCCUCUGAAUUUCUUGUUCUGAAAGCAGCCCAGCUGGGUAUAAAUCAUCUUCUUCUAAAAUCGAGAGCUUUUCGCAGCUUGGCUUUGGGUGCCAAUAUGAGCUAA